AUGGCCACAUAUAAGGCUCAGAUGAGUGUGCAGACCAGCUGCGAGGCCACAUGGUGUCGGUUCUUCCCCACUACGCUGAAGGGGCUCGCACUGAAUUGGUUCCAAGAGUUGCCAGCUGGAAUUAUCACCGAUUUUGCGGUACUCGAGGACAUGUUCACUCACCAAUUCGUGGCCGGAAAGAGGCAAAAGAAGACAAGCUUGCACCUCAUGGGGGUCAAGCAAGAGAAGAAUGAAAGUCUAGCCGACUACAUAAAAAGGUUCAAUGAAGAGUCCUUAAAAGUGUCCGACCUGCAAGAUGCUGUUGCGUUCGCUGCUCUCAUGUCCGGAUUGCAGCCUGGCCGGCUCAGAUGGACAUUGGCGGAAAGUGAAGUCAAAACUUUUUCCGAGGCCAUGGCGAAAGCUCAAAGAUUUAUCCAAGCGGCAGACAUUUGCCGUCACUCGGAAGAAGGAAGUAAGAAGAGAAAGGAAGAAGGAAGCAACAGAGAUCAGCCCAAACAGCAGAAAACGGGCGGUAGGUCGGACAGAUUCACUGAUCAUGGAAAUGACCCUCGUUUCAAUAAGAAUCGAAGAGAAAUUUACCUGGACAUCAAGCACAAGUCCAUGCUUCCCAACCCCCCACCCAUCAGGACUUCAGCCUACCGAAGAGACAAAAGCCAGUGGUGUGAGUACCACCGUGAAUGUGGUCAUACCACAAAAGAUUGUAGAGAGCUGAAAAAAGGAUUGGAUAACCUUGCCGACCAGGGCAAGCUGAACCGCUACCUCAAGCACACAAGCGAAGAGAAGGGAAAGCAGAAGGUCGGUCAGUCCAAUAGUGGGGACACGAAAGGAUUCAUUGGAGUCAUCGCAGGAGGCUUUGCCUCAGGAGGCCUAACCGGCCGAGCUAGGAAAGCCCACCUCCAAAAUCUCAAGCACCAAGUGCUAGAAGUCAAGCCAGGCCGGUCGGACUGUCCCAUAAUGACAUUCGGGGAAUCCAGUCGGCCAGUCAGUGUACCUCAUGAUGAUCCCCUGGUCAUCGAGCUCAAAGUAGCCAAUUCCCGGGUGCGGCGUGUCCUGGUUGAUAGCGGGUCAUCCGCUGAUAUCAUUACCUUAGAAUGCUUGAAAAAGCUAAAGUACAGCGAGAAGGAUGUCACACCACUCGACUAG